GAGCCCGACAUGGCUCAGCUCCUCUUGGACGAUGCACUCGAAAAGAGGGACUCGGCAACCAAGAAAAAUGAAGCGGCGGCAAAGAGAACCGCACCAUUGUCCCAGUAGAAGUUGUACGAGCUUGGUACCAACUGCAUGGACGUUUUUCUCGGCGGCUACGACACAACGAGGCUGGCAUUGACUUAUUGGUUUUAUCUCAUGGGCAAGCACCCAGACAUUCAGGAGAGAAUGAGGAAGGAAGUACUGGAAGCUUUUACGAAAGAGGAUGAUGAGCUCUCAAUUCAGACCCUCACAUCACUGCGGUACACGAACCAAGUACUAUCCGAGACCUUAAGGAUGUAUCCACCCAUCACCUCAUUCACAACACGCUGUGCGGGUGAAGAUUACCAGAGCGGCAAGUAUCUCAUCAAGAAAGGAAUGUCUGUCAUGGUGCCCACAUACCACCUGCAUCAUGAUCCGAUGUACUGGACGGACCCGGAGAAGUUUGAUCCCGAGAGGUUCAGCCCCGAGAACAAGCAUCUCAUAAAUCCGGCCGUAUACCAGCCGUUUGGGCUCGGAGUUCGCGUGUGCAUCGGCCAGCGUCUGGCGCUCAUCGAAAUGGCCUCGGUGACUUCGCAGAUGUUGCGCCGCUUCCGGAUAACCCACGGCCCUAGUCAGAAGGUGACGCUUACCACUGCGACAGCGAUCGCACGGGCUCUCGAGACGCGAUAUUUCUCGCCGUCGUCCUCGACGCGCUCUCACGCCAUUCACUGCGCUGUGGCGGCUUUCGCAGUGGUCAGGUUUCCAGAGACGGAAAUCCACUGCCUACCCGAAGCAACUGAGUUGGGAACCCCUGCAUUGGAAGUUUUGAGAGACGCUGUCAUGGUCUUUGUUCUUGCCGAGUGGAACCUUGGUGUGGCCGUCGUGGUUGUGGUGAUUGUUGCGACCACUUUGUACAGAUGGCGUCGGUGGCAACUAAGCUUUUUCAAACGGAUCGGAAUCCCUGGUCCAGAGCCGUGUUUGAUCACCGGAAACUUCGACCAAUUGUGGACUGAGGACACAAUAAAAGUCAUGAAUGAAUGGUCUACAAAAUAUGGCGACAUCUACGGGAUAUACAUCGGCGAUGCACCAUUUCUCAUGGUGAAAGACCUCGAACUACUGCGGCGAGUCUUGAUCACGGACUUCGCCCUUUUCACGGACCGAGGGGACGUGUGGGCAACGAUGAAUGGGAACAAGUACAUUCGGCAAGCUUUGUCCUUCGCCAAAGGCGACCGAUGGAAGUUCACGAGACGAUCCGUCUCCCCGGCCUUCACUGCGUUGAAGAUGCGAAAGAUGGUGGGCGAAAUGACCAAGACUGUGGAGCGCUUCCUGGACCUGCUGGAAGCGCGAUGCCGUGAAGCGGUCGAUGGAGAAGCCAAUGUGUACCCGCUACUCGGGUCCCUCGCUUUCGACGUCGUGGCUGAGACAGCGUGCGGUCUCUACCUCGACGUGCAGCACAAGCCCAACGACCAGUACUUCUACUCGGCCAGGUCUUUCAUGCUCAACGUCGUCGAAAACGCUUACCAGAGGACUGGGCAGUUCUUUUCAAAGGUGAAGGCCAUCUUGUCUGUCACGUGCAUGCUCGAGCUGCAAUUCGGCAGUGAACCCCUCACGGCCCUGGCGCGGAAGGCAGAGCCCAUCGCCGCUCUGAGGGCACGGGAUCAAAGCCUGGCGCGUCAAGAUGUUCUCCAGAGUCUUUUGAAUGCUAAAGUGCCCCAGGAACUCCUCGGAUUGAGCGAAUUUCGUGAGCGAGUCGACGACAAAGGGCACUUCUUGAUGCCGCUGAGACACGUUGCAACCAACACCGCCACCGUACUAGUUGCUGGGUUCGAGACCGUGUCAGCUAUCGCAUCGACCUGCGUCUUUUGUCUGGCCAAGUACCCCGAGAUCCAGGAGAAGGUCAGGGAAGAAGUGAUCGCCGCCUACGAGAAACAUGGUGGGUUCACUUACGACGCCAUCAACGACCUAAGCUACACAAAGCAAACCAUCGACGAGACUAUGCGGCUCUACCCACCGGUCAUCGCCUUCACAUCAAGGAAGGCGUCCUGCGACUACCACUACAAGGAUAUGAUUAUUCCGAAGGAUGUCAGCAUCAUGGCCUGCACUGAGCAAAUACACAGGGACCCUCGAUUCUGGGACCGGCCGGAGGAGUUCGACCCUGACAGGUUCUCUCCGGAGCAAAAGGCGUCCAGGCAUCCCUUAGCAUUCCAGCCUUUCGGAGCGGGCGCCCGUAACUGCAUCGGCAUGAGGCUGGCUCAGGUCGAGAUGACUCUCAUUGUUGCCAAACUUGUCUACAGGUUCCGGCUGCACUUGGGUUCCAGACACGCAAAUAGUGAAUUUGCACGGAAAACCCAGUCCAUCAUCGCAUCGCCAAAGAAUGGAGUGUGGAUUCAAGUGGAAAAGAUCCAAAAGAGGUGACAAUCGACGUCGCUUGGGAAGGAGGAAUCCACAAAGAAAUAUGCGCGGGACGCUGUUUCACUGCAUCAACAACUACUUCUGGGAAAUCGUGGAAUAAAGCCACGUGCUACCAACGAA